CGAUCGUACAGAUCGUGUAACCUAUCCCUCAUUCCCCUCACUCUAUCUGCACCACAGAACUCAGCGCGACAGACCCUACAGCCAGCAACACACGCGAGAUACAUGGCCAGCGAAGCCCCGGGACAGACGGUCGAGGCGCUCACGGAGGAGGUCGCGGCGCAGAGCGCGCUCGUGAACGAGCUGCGGAAGCAGGGCGCGGACGGCGGCGCGGUCGAGGAGGCGAAGAAGAGGCUCGGAGAGCUGAAGAGGGCCCUGGCGCUGCUCCAGAAUGCGAAAGCGGGCGGCGCGAAGGGCGAGAAGAGGAAGGAGCGGAUGCUGCUCAAGACUCCGAAGGGCACGCGCGACUACGGCCCGGGCGAGAUGUUCUGCAGGGAGCACGUCGAGCGGAUCGUCAAGGACUGCUUCACGACGUUCGGCGGCUCGCAGCUCGACACGCCCGUGUUCGAGCGCAAGGAGGUCCUCGCGGGCAAGUACGGCGAGGACCAGAAGCUCAUCUUCGACCUCAUGGACCAGGGCGGCGAGCAGCUCGCGCUGCGCUACGACCACACCGUCCCCCUCGCGCGCUACCUCGCCAUGGGCGGCGCGAUCGCCACCCAGGCGAAGCUCUGGCAGGUCGGCAAGGUGUACAGGCGCGACAACCCGGUCAUGAGUAAGGGCCGGAUGCGCGAGUUCUCGCAGGCGGACUUUGACAUCGCUGGCACCUUCGACGUUAUGAUCCCCGACGCGGAGAUCAUCGGGUUGGUCUGCACUAUCCUCGCGCGGCUGGACGUUGGCGAGUUCACCGUGAAGAUGAACCACCGCAAAAUCCUGGACGGCAUUUUUGAGGUGUGCGGGGUGCCCCCAGAAAAGAUCCGGCCGAUCUCGUCGGCCGUCGACAAGCUCGACAAGAUGCCGUGGGCAGACGUUAAAAAGGAGAUGACGGACGAGAAAGGCCUGGACCCUGCAGUCGCAGACAAAAUCGGCGAGUAUGUCAAGCACAAAGGUGGCCGCGAGCUGCUCGACACCCUCCGAGCCGACUCGGCCCUGAUGGCCAACGCGAACGCCAAGGCCGGCAUCGAGGAGAUGAGCAUCCUCUUUACCUACCUCACCGCGUACCGCGUGCUCGACAAGCUCUCCUUCGACCUCUCCCUCGCCCGCGGGCUCGACUACUACACCGGCAUCAUCUACGAGGCCAUCGUCGAGGCCUCGGCGCCCCCCAGCUUCAAGGCCGCCAACGCCUUCGCGUCCUCCUCCGCCCAGCCAUCCACCGCGAACGACGCCCCGCCCCCCGCACAGCAAAAACCGAAGAAGGAGAAGUUGAAGAAGGCCGCGGGAGCGGAGGAGGAGGAAGAGGAGAUCGACGAGUCGCAGGUCGGGGUGGGCUCGAUCGCCGCUGGGGGCCGGUACGACAACCUCGUGGGCUUGUUCACCGCCGCUGCUGCUGGGGAGGGCAAGAAGGCGGCGGGGCUACCGUGCGUGGGCGUGAGCAUCGGCCUGGACCGCAUCUUCGCGCUCGUGUGGCCGAAGUGGGUCGAGAAGGGGAUGCGCAGCAAGGAGACGAUGGCGUAUGUCAUGGCCGCGGGCGAUGGGCUGCUCACGGAGCGAGUUGAGCUCGUGAGCGAGUUGCGGGAGGCGGGGAUCAAGACCGAUUUCUUCUUCAAGGCGAAACCCAAGCUCCCCGCUCAGUUUGCCGCCGGCGAGAAGGACGAGGUGCCGUUCGCAAUCAUCCUCGGUGGAGACGAGCUCAAAGAGGGCCUCGUCACUGUCAAGGAGCAGAAGUGGGAGUUUGUUGACGGCAAGAAGCUCAAGGUCGAGUCGACAGACAAGGGCACGAAGGUCAAGCGCGCAGAGCUCAUCCAGUGGAUCAAGGACACUCCCGUAUACAAAGAGUGGUCGUCUGGGAAGCUCAUCGCAUGAACGGCGCAGGACUUCGUGACGUUGUUGGCGGUAGUAUAUCUGCUCAUGUCCAAACAUAGAUUCAUAUUGCAUCAGGUGACUUGGUCUAUCGCCGGGCAUAGAAUGUAGUUCGUUGCGAUGAGCGUACAUUCUUGACUUCCAGUGCAUCUACAAUCGUGCGUAAUAAGUUACUCGUCGUCGGAGCCUGAGCCAGACCCGUCCUCAUCAUCAUCAUCAUCAUUCGCAACAUCGCUCUGCGAGAUGCUAUUCUGAGCCUGGUGCUUCCUGAACAGCUGACGGGUCGCCGCAUCGUCAUCCGGAACAAAGCUGAUGGCAAGCUCGCCGUUCUUGUCCUUGAUCUUGGGAUCCGCGCCCGCUUCCAACAGACUCGAGACGACUUCCGCGCGAAGCUCUGCAUCCUCUAUCCGUACUGCGAGAUGGAGAGGCGUUGCUUUUUCGAUGCGGUUCUGGAUGUCGACAUCACAACCCUCGUACUCGAGGAGGUGCUCGAGGAUGUCAAGGUGGCCGUUCGAGGCAGCGUAGUGAAGAGCGGUGUUCCCUAGCCCGUCCUGUGCGUUUAUGUCAAAGCUACCCUGCUCGAACACCUCGAGAAGCAUGUCCUCAUUAUCGGACCGCGCAGCAGCAAGGAGCCUCUCAUUGUUGCUUGCACCAUCAGAGGCCAUCGUGAACGACUGAGGACAG